AUGGACGUACUAACAGAGGGAAAGUUGGUAAGAAUCAUUACUCGUUACGUAAUGAAAGAAGAACCAAAGGAUUAUGUUACCGCUGUGGUAAAGCUGAUCACAUGUAUAAGGAUUGUCCAGAAGGUCGUAAAACCUACUCAGACAAUAAAGGACCUGAAAAGGCGAGGCCUCACCAAUACUAAGGCCUUCCCGCAAACAGACCGCAGUGCUGUUCAACUGUGUCCCAUCAUUGAGAAAUCUAUCCCAGAAAUAGGAAAAACUUCAAUCGUUAAAGCUACAACCAAUAACACAGCCAUCCACGUACUUUUGGAUACAGGCUCGCCAACUUCUUUUAUUAACCACAGACUUAUUACAAAAUUAGACUUAGAAGUAUACAAAGCACCGAAAUUUUCAUUUAAAGGUGUUGUAUCGGAAGAGUCAGCUAACACGACCGAAGCUGUCGAAGUUCCGUUGAAGAUUGAUAAUAAGACCUUUACGAUUCAAGCCUACGUCACCGAGUACAUAGGUCAUGAUGUUAUUAUAGGCUAUCCGACACUUCAACGUUUUCCAGAACUAUUCGAUAGUGUCAGCACUGACGUCCCCGUCUACAGUAUAAUUUCUACAGAAGAAGUUCCACGUACAAUAAAUAAGGAUAUAUAUUGGGUCAACACUGUAAUAAACACAAGUACAAAUUCAUCAUUUGAAAAACUGCCACAUUGGUUAGCUGAAAAGUAUAAAGACACGGUAAGAGAUGAUUUACCUGCUCGUGAUAAGAACUCUAACCCGAUUGUGUUCCAUGAGAUCGAAUUAAUCUCUGGAAUGAAAACACCAAAAUCUCAACCAUACAGAGUUACUCCUAAGGUCGAAGAAGAGAUCAAUAAAAUUGUAACUGACUUAAUUGACAAACAGUUUAUAAUUUCCUCUAAAUCCCCUUUCAGUUCUCCGAUUGUUAUGGUUAAGAAGAAAGAUGGAACGUACCGUCUAUGUGUGGAUUACCGAACAUUGAAUAAAGCUACAGUUAAAGAUCCGUUCCCAUUACCUCGAACUGAGUCAGCCCUCGCUAAAAUAGGUGCUGCAUCAAUAUUCACAACACUAGAUCUACAUAGUGGUUAUCACCAAAUUCCAAUGAAAAGAGAGGAUAGAUACAAAACAGCUUUCGUUACACCAAGUGGAAAAUAUGAAUAUACCGUAAUGCCAUUCGGACUAGUGAAUGCACCUAGUACGUUCUCUCGUUAUAUGGCCGAUCUCUUUAGAGAAAUGAAAUUUGUAAACGUAUAUCUUGAUGAUAUUUUGAUCUUCUCAUCAUCAGAAACCGAACACUGGAAACAUAUUGAUUUAGUAUUACAGAAACUAAAGAACGAACAAUUAAUAGUAAAGAAACCGAAAUGUUCCUUUGCCGAAAAAGAAGUGGAAUACCUUGGCUAUAUAAUCUCGGAACAUAAGAUUAAGCCCGUUCAGAGUAAGUGUGAAGCAAUUAGUAAAUUCCCUACACCGAAUAAUGUGAAGGCAGCUCAACGUUUCCUUGGGAUGAUAAAUUACUAUCGACGCUUCAUACCACAUUGUUCUACGAUUGCCAAACCUAUACAGGAUUAUAUCAAUGAAGAGUCAACAUGGCUUCAACCGCAGACUGACGCAAUGAAUGAGUUGAAAACAAUACUGACGAAUCACCCGAUUCUUGUGCCGUUCCAACCCAAUGGUAAUUAUCGACUCACGACGGAUGCUUCGAAAUAUGGCAUUGGCGCAGUCUUGGAAGAAGUUACACCUACCGGUAACGUCUUAGGCGUUGUGGGAUAUUACUCUCAAUCAUUGAAGGGCGCGCAGCAGAAUUACCCCGCUGGCGAACUCGAACUUCUCGGUAUAGUUCAGGCAUUAGAUCACUUCAAGUACCUUCUACAUGGUAUUCACUUCUCGUUACGUACUGACCACGUAAGUCUCUUGUCUCUAAGGAAUGAGACCGAACCAGCUCCGAGAGUCCAACGUCAUUUGGAUAAAUUGGCCGAUUAUGACUUCGAAUUAAGUUACAUUCCGGGACCAGAGAAUGUCGUCGCCGAUGCGUUAUCUAGAGUUGGGUAUAAUGGAGACCGUCCUAAAGAAAUCGUCCGAAGCAUCGCCGCAAUCGAUGGAAUAGUCCAUAUUGAUCCCACUACGUGGUUCCUUGACUGGUGUGCCGACCCGUUGGCGGGUGCAGCCCUCGAGGCGUUAGGUGUUAACGCAGAUAUUGACAUCAAUAGUGGUGACGCGAGUGCAUUUAAGAAAUAUCGAAAGAAAUUUAAAUUGUCUACAAAAUACUCCGAACUGUUUUCUUUUAAGAACGACGUCUUACGAUAUAGAGAACAGGUAGUCGUCCCGAAACGCAGAAGAUUCGAACUACUACGAGUAUAUCACGAUCAUGGAAUUCAUGGAGGGCAUUUUGGCGAAAACGUAACCUUUACGAAACUAAGGGCUGAAUAUUUCUGGCCAAAGAUGUACCAUGACAUUAAAUCCCAUAUCAAAUAUUGUACGCAUUGUCAAAUGAUGAAAGCGCACCGUUUAAAGAACCAAGGCUUGUUGACUCCGUUAGAUGUUCCGAAAGGCCGUUGGAUUGAUAUCGCUAUGGAUUUCGCAACUGGACUCCCACCCGCUUUUGGAGGAGAGAACAUGAUCAUGGUAGUAGUAGACCGAUUCACUAAGAGAGCGCACUUUAUUGCCGCACAGACUCCCUUACACUCCUCAGAUGUAUUAAACCUAAUGUUUAGAUAUAUCUUUGCGUAUCAUGGGUUCCCGAAAACAAUAACAAGUGACCGAGAUGUCAGAUUCACUUCGAAUAUCUAUAGAGAAUUUACGGAACGUUUAGGAAUCAAAUUAACUAUGUCAUCCUCUAAUCACCCGCAAACCGAUGGUCAGUCAGAGCGAGUAAUCCAAAUUUUGAACAGAUUACUUAGAACAUACGCAUUCUCCGAUCACCGCAGAUGGGCAUGGCUAUUACCACAAGUCGAAUUUGUGUAUAAUUCUACACCGAAUAGAACACUUGGUAUGUCACCUUUCGAAGCUGAUUUGGGAUAUGUUCCGAACGCACCUCUACUGAAAACGGAUGGUGAGUUAGACGCCAGACAUACCGGAGGAGUUGAAUGGACCAGGAGAGUGAAAGCAAUAACGAUGAGAAUACAAGAUGCUCUCACGGAAGCACAAGCUGAAAUGGAAGUCGAACAAAAUCGCAAAAGAAGACCCUUGAUUUUUGAGAAAGGAGAAUUCGCGUUAGUGCAUCGAAAUGCAUACUUCCACGCAGGCAAGUACAAAAAGAUUCAACCGCUUUUUGUUGGACCGUUUAAAGUCGUUAAAAAGAUUCAUGAUAAUGCUUAUGAAUUGGACUUACCCACGCAUGUUAAAACACACAGAGUAAUCAACGUACACCAUUUGAAGAAAUUUGUAAGUCGACCUGACAAGUACCCUAAAGAAGCUCCGAUCACAGAAGAAGAAAUUUUAGAACGAGCUAACGAAGUUACAGGGUUAGUUGGAAUAUCCGAAGAUAAAAAGACUUACUACUGUACAAUGGAAGAUGUAGACCCAACAAUUAGUGUUCCACUUACUGAAGAACAAUACAACAAGAUCCCGUUAUGGACUAGAACCUCAAUAUGGAAGAAUUUCAAACAAUUAUAUCUAGACGAGCAUCCAGACGAAGAGGGGGAAGAUGUUGUAGGAAAAGAUGGAACUAAGGCAUCGUUAUCAUCAGCAACGACUGUGUGA